AUGCAAGACCUGCAACCGGGUAUGAGUAUGCAGAGCUACGAGCAAGCGCUCGAUGACUUCCCCUAUCAGCAAAACCAGGAUUCGACCGUGGACGAUCAAGCAUACCGGCAACACAGCAUGUCCGAUCAUGAAUUGUUGUCCGCCAUGUCCAAACACAGCUCCUUUGCGCACCUCUCCAACAUUUCUUACAAGAACUCCACGAGAUUGUUACACAACGCGGCAACAACCCACCAGGAUUUCGAGCACUACGAACCCGCAAGCGACAUUGAGGAUUACACCGUCGAACUCGACUUCAACAGCGAUGCGCCUUGCAUCGAAGAGCAAAUUCUCUACGCCAUUGAGACCAGCGGUGAAGCCACGGAGCCCGAGAUCCACUUGAGAUCCGUCGAUGAAGCGGUCAAAGAGGUGCGUCAGUCUCUUGAGCAUCUUGACAUGCAGUCUUACGAGAGGCUCACGCAGCUCCAGGCUGUCAUGUUUGCCAAGGCGGCGAAGAGGCUUCGAGAAGGAGCGCCGCCAUAUCCGGAUAAUACCUUUUGCGCACAGCGCGGUGACGACGAUGACGACGACGACGAGGAGAACGAGUUUUCGGACGCCGAGGCGGAGAACCAUUACGUGAAGUACUUGGAGGGACGGCUUGCAUUGCUCGAUAGGAAGGCAAAAACCCGCCAGGCGCAUGGAGGACAAAAGGACGAUGCUCUGCCAGGACAGGAAUGUGCUAGAUCGGUCCCGCUACCUGGUGAAGUCGACGGUCAGGACCGCAUGGACCUGGACUGA